CAAACUGCCAAAGCAAGAUAAGGUCAGAAGCCAUUCCCAGCCUCAUAAUAACUAAUUUCAACAACCAUGCCUUGGGUUUGUCCGUGUGAACGAGAUGAUUCUUUUUCAGGAACAAAUUUCAUCUCUUCUAGUCUCUUCUCAUCAGCUACUGAACAUAAACUACCAAGAUGGAGAGUCAGAUGUACCAAAAUCCUGCAACAAUUUUGAAAUUCUCCCCCAAAACAGUCACCACUGUCUCUUUUUCAUUCUAUCCCAUCCAACCAAAGCGAAGGAUCCAUGCUAUAGCCUUAUCUUCCUCCAACCAAAACCCCCAAGAACUGGUUACCACCUCUACCACAACCAUACCAACUCAACCAGCAAAAUCUGGUCCUUACAGUGUAGAGUUCAAGACUUUGAGCGCUUGCAGGCUUGGCAUCUCCAGAUAUCCCAAUUUCGAAUACAAUGCCAAAGGUGGGACGGGGACAGGGAACGGGAUCAAGAAUGACUCUAGCCCAGAUGAAAUUUCAGUGAGUUUUGACCUGCAAACACUCUAUAUUCCACCAUUGACAAGUGAAACAACAAGGUUCUUGGGGUUGCCAUUGCCACCAUUUCUAAAGAUAGAUAUUGUACCAGAGCUCUUCCAUGGGGCCAUCAAUGAAGAAACUGGAAAGGUUGAUCUUGAAUUCAAGGCCAAAUUCUUGUUUUCUGCUGGAAGGAUUUACAAAGCUCCUCCACUGAUGGUGAGGACUAUUUUGACGUCCGAGGAAUCAAGUGGAACAAUGAAAAGGGGAAGAGGAGAAAGGUUGGAUGGCAAAGGGAAGUGCAGAUUGGUUGGGGUUGCAGUCGUGGAUCCUGUUAAUGAUGUUUUCAUGAAUUCCUUCCUCGGUCUCCCCACUGAAUGUCUUGCUGAGUUGAAUGCCUUUAUCUCCAUCUCUGCUUCUUAGUUGAAGCAGAGACCGUAGCUUUCCUCAUUCUCUGCAAAAUCUGUUAUCGAUACGGCUCACAUAAUAUGGAUUACAAGUAAAUAUUGCAUCUCAUACGUA